CACACACCUCUGGUGGUGACCGGGACUAAUUUGGAUGCCAUACAGGAGCCGAGGAUUCGGAUCAAGUACGGCGGGCGGGAAUCUGUAAAUGUGUGUAAGGUUCUGAACAUCACGACUAUGAGCUGUUUGGCCCCCUCGCUGACAGCCGAGUACAGGCCGGGUUUGGAUUCAGUCAAGCACGCAGACGAGUUUGGCUUCAUCUUCAAUAAUGUGCAAGCUCUUCUAGUGUACAACAACACUAACUUCAUGUACUAUCCCAAUCCUUACUUUGAGCCUCUCAGCACCAAUGGCAUACUGGAACAGAAACCUGGCUCGCCUAUCAUUUUAAAGGGUAAAAAUCUGGUUCCUUCGGCCGCUGGAGGAGUGAAGCUUAAUUACACUGUUCUGAUAGGAGAGACUCCCUGUUCAGUCACAGUAUCUGAAUCUCAACUGCUGUGCGAACCACCAAACCUCACCGGCCAGUACAAAAUCAUGGUGCAGGUCGGUGGUCUGCAUGUGUCCCCUGGCUCAGUAAACAUUCUCUCUGACAGCCUCCUGACUCUUCCUGCCAUUGUCAGCAUCGCUGCCGGCGGCGGCCUCCUUCUCAUCAUCGUCAUCCUUGUGCUUAUUGCCUACAAGCGUAAAUCCCGCGAGAACGACCUCACACUCAAACGACUCCAGAUGCAAAUGGACAACCUGGAGUCCAGGGUCGCGCUGGAGUGCAAAGAAGCUUUUGCAGAACUGCAGACAGACAUUAAUGAGUUGACGAGUGAUCUGGACCGGGCCGGAAUUCCCUAUCUGGAUUACCGCACAUAUGCCAUGAGAGUGUUAUUCCCCGGCAUCGAGGACCAUCCUGUGCUCAGAGAGCUGGAGGUCUCUGGUAAUGGGCAGCUGUGCGUUGAAAAAGCUCUGAAGCUGUUUGCCCAGCUGAUAAACAACAAGGUGUUUUUGUUGACGUUCAUCCGUACGCUGGAAAUGCAGCGCUCCUUCUCCAUGCGUGACCGUGGCAAUGUGGCGUCGCUAAUAAUGACGGCUCUCCAGGGUCGACUGGAAUAUGCCACGGAUGUGCUCAAACACCUGCUGUCCGACCUGAUCGACAAGAACCUGGAGAGCAAGAACCAUCCUAAACUGCUUCUCAGGAGGACAGAGUCUGUUGCUGAGAAGAUGCUAACCAACUGGUUUGCUUUCCUGCUUCAUAAGUUCUUGAAGGAGUGUGCAGGUGAGCCUCUCUUCAUGCUGUACUGUGCUAUAAAACAGCAGAUGGAAAAAGGCCCAAUAGACGCCAUCACUGGAGAAGCCCGAUACUCCCUCAGCGAGGACAAACUCAUCCGACAACAGAUUGACUACAAGACGCUGAUCUUAAACUGCGUCAACCCAGAGAACGAGAACAGCCCGGAGAUCCCAGUCAAGGUUCUGAACUGCGACACCAUCACGCAGGUCAAAGAGAAGAUUCUGGAUGCCGUCUAUAAGAACAUGCCGUAUUCACAGAGACCCAAAGCUGUGGACAUGGACCUGGAGUGGCGUCAGGGACGAAUGGCCCGAGUAGUCCUGCAGGAUGAAGACAUCACCACUAAGAUUGAAAAUGAUUGGAAGAGGCUCAACACACUCAUGCACUAUCAGGUAUCAGAUCGCUGUGUGGUUGCUUUGGUGCCCAAGCAGACAUCCUCCUACAACAUUCCACCCACAACUAGCAUCUCUCGAACUUCUAUCAGUAGAUAUGACUCGUCAUUCCGGUACACUGGCAGUCCGGACAGCCUGCGCUCCCGUGCUCCUAUGAUCACCCCGGAUCUAGAGAGUGGAGUCAAAGUAUGGCACCUGGUGAAGAACCAUGAGCACGGAGACCAGAAGGAGGGUGACCGCGGCAGCAAGAUGGUGUCUGAGAUCUACCUCACUCGCCUGCUGGCCACUAAGGGUACACUGCAGAAAUUCGUGGAUGACCUGUUCGAGACUCUUUUCAGUACGGUGCACAGGGGCAGCGCGCUUCCAUUAGCUAUUAAAUACAUGUUUGACUUCCUGGAUGAACAAGCGGACAAGCACAGCAUUCAUGACACUGACGUCCGCCACACCUGGAAAAGCAACUGCCUUCCUCUGCGUUUCUGGGUGAAUGUGAUCAAGAAUCCCCAGUUUGUUUUUGACAUCCAUAAGAGCAGCAUCACUGAUGCGUGUCUGUCUGUGGUUGCUCAAACCUUCAUGGACUCGUGCUCCACAUCUGAACACAGAUUGGGCAAAGACUCGCCCUCUAAUAAGUUGCUUUAUGCUAAAGAUAUCCCCAACUACAAGAACUGGGUAGAAAGGUACUAUGCCGACAUCAGCAGGCUUCCAGCCAUCUCCGAUCAGGACAUGAACGCGUAUUUGGCUGAACAGGCACGACUGCACUCCAAUGAGUUUAACAUGCUCAGUGCCCUCAACGAGAUUUACUCCUACAUUAGCAAGUACAGCGAAGAGAUCACCGCUGCACUGGAACAGGACGAAACAGCGAAAAAACAACGAUUGGCCUACAAAGUGGAACAACUCAUUGCCGCCAUGUCACUGGAGAGCUGAAAGAAACACAAAGCUGGAACGAAGGACGAAAGACCUUCAAUUAGUCAAACCAUCAUCCAAAGCCUCUUCACACAAAAGAGAGAAACACUGGCUAGAGACUCGACACAAACAAUACUUGUGCUUUUUUUCUACACUUUUGUGAAGAAGUCACCUUUAAGACCAUUGGACAACUAUUUGAUGAAAGCAAGUCACAAGGCUUUGGAGUGGAAACUAUGGAGUUCUGUUUUCAGUUGUCUUUCAUUUUGGACGAGCAGCUUCCUGGAACUUUUUUUGUUUACCUGGAUUGUUGUUUUUUUCUUCCUUUAGUUCUUCUGGUUCAAUGUGCCUUGCAUUGAUUUACGUGAUGAAUGCAAGACAUCGAUACUUCCUCAAAAAUGUGCUUGCUAAAACCAUUUCAUGAGGAUUUGACUGAAGGAAACGGACAUCUACUGCCUCGCCAUUACCGUCCAGUUGAUGGCUUUUACUUCCAAAUUUUAUUUUUAUACAUGAGUGCUUUUUGAGUUUGUUUCAUUGAGUCAACUAGUAUAAUUCCUCAUUGUUGGUGUGGCAAAAGUUUAAGUCUCUUUCUUUCCUCGGAAAGCAGCGGCUGCUACCAACACACGUGUGCAUGUCGACAUGCUAGUACAAACUUAGACUUUCGAUUCCAACUGGCCUGAGAGACCACAAGGCAUCGACAUUGUUUGGGAAAUAAUGACACGCCAACAAAAAGGGGGCCAAAGUUCGACCAGCAUGUCCCUAAUUCUCUUGGAUUGACCAGAAGCCAGUAUCAAACUGGAUGAACUCCGCCCUAUGGUCUCUCUAUGUGCAUAUGUCCUGGUUUCUAAAUGUAAGCGUAUGUGAAUGUACAAACAUUACUCUAUUUUGUCUUCGCAUUUUUGUUGCUUUUCUAAAACAGGAGUCAGUUGAGCUGAUCUCCUCAGCACGACGUCCUAAAGAACUGAAAAUCCCUCUCCAUAAUAGCGCUGCUUAGAUUCAAAUACGCAAGUGGCGACGAGUAGCACUUUCAGCUCAAAUGACAAAUGGAGAAACCCCACCUUCCCUUUCAAACAAAUGGACUCGCUUGAGAUCAUCUUACCAGAGAGUAUUAAUUAUUAUGUAUGGUCCAAUGUGUGUGUAGUCUGCAUGCAUUAUACAGUACCUCAUAUAAAGAAAAAAAUAGUCUCCUUUCCCAUUUACUCCUAUGUUUAAGUGCCAAGAGGUCACGUGAGUUCUGGAGGACUCAGAGCAAUGCCGAUGUAAUAUACCAUGUCACUUCCUUGCUGUACACACCCGUCGGGAUAAAGUGCCAAAAGAUCACUUAUUUACCCACUUGUCGGUUGAUGCUUUAUUAAGGGAACGGACCCUGUAUACUGUUAAAAAAAAUAAAAAAAAUUGAUCUCUGGUUUAGAAGGUUCACUUGCAAAUUCAGGUACGAGAAGACCAUGAGCUUGGAAUGGUAUUGGUAAAUAUAAAGUAUUUGUAAAAUACUUUAGGUGUCUGGGAUCUUGAUUGCUUGAGUGGGUUCUUUCCAAUCUCUUUUAUUCCUCCGCCUGACAUGAAGUAUGUCAACAGAACGCAUGAACAAAAGACAACAUAGUUUUCAUUUAUUAUGCAUGAUGGCAGGUAGAGCUGUUUUUGAAGAUCAUCCAAACCAAAAUAGACAAGGUCAUCUUAGGUUCUUCUUAACUUCUCCUCAGCUCAGUUUAUAUGGUAAAAAUGCAGUAUCGGAUGUGAAGAAACGGACUGAAAAAGCUCAAAUGGCGCUUGUUGUUUUUCCCCCUGUGGCCUUAGAACAUUGAAUCUGUUGUUUCUAGUUCAUUUAAUCAGCGACGUGUCAUUUUUCUUCGUCUUUGUUAGCGGUGUUUGAGACUAAUCAGAUAAAGAGAGCCAAUGUGAUGAUGGAGAAGGGUGGAAGAGGCAUGCCCUCGCCCAGACGGGUGCUGGGUGGUGUCUGCUGGAGUAUUUGAGAAGCAUAAGAAUGAGAUGGAGAGAGAGACAGACCCCUUUAGCUUCAGAUUCCUCCUGCUGCUUUGAAGCUCGCCUUUGAUCUCAACUAGUUUGUGCACAGUGUGAUCAGGAGAUUAAAAAAAAAAAAACAUCAAAAAUAGGUUCCAGUGCAAGAGAUUACAAAUGAAGAGCUGCAUGAAAGACAAUGAAUGAAUCUGUUAAAGGAAUAGAUCACCCAGAAAAUUCUGUCAGCGUUUACUCGUCCUCAUUCAAACCUUGUUCGACUUACUUUCUUUCAUGAAACACAAAAGGAGACAUUUGGAACUAUAUUUUGGACGAUCUUUCACAUACAAUUGCUAUUAAAAGCAAAUGAUACUUUCAUUUGUCACAAAGGAUGGAAAAGAGCAUCAUGAAGUAGUCCAUAUGUGCUAUACAGCUAUACAGAAGUUUAUCUUCUAAAAUCAUUCAAUAGAUGUGGGAAAGUUAUAAACCAAAAUUUGUGAAUAAAUAGUUUAGACUGGUUUAGGGAACUAAUCCAAUAAGUUCUUUCAAAAGAUCUGCAUUUCCCAAAAGCAUUGUAUGCUUAUGUACAUCAUAGACCCAUUGGGCCUCAUUUACCAAACGAACAUACCACAGAAAAUUGGGUGUACGUUCAUUUCAACGCAAAACUUGGAAUUUAUCAGUACGGACGUGAGCGUUGGCUACGAUAAAAUCUCACAUCUGUACGCAAAGUUUUUGAGUUACCCGAACUUGUGCGCAGCAUAGUAAAUAUGAUGGAGAAUUGUAGAAUGACAGCAUUUUUUAUUUUCCUGACCGACAACCGAAGCUCAUUAGUCGAUUGUUAACCAGUAAGAUUAAAAUGUUUUUAGCUUUAUAUGCGUGAAUAGCAGUGUAAACAUGAGGAUUCAAUCGUCGCAUCGAGCACCUGCAGUGCUUCUGUGAAAGGAGAAAACUGAAAUUAAAUCUAUAAAUUUUAUCAAAUGAAAAGUAUAUAAUAGGCUAUAAUAUAAUGAACAGAUUAACAAUUGGAGAAAAAAAAACACUGCAACAAAUAUAGGCUACGCUCAUUUUUGUGACACUUUUAAAGCAUUUUAUUUAUUUUCUUUGUAUCUUUAUAUGAUUUUUAUUUUAUAGUUUAAUAUAUACUUUUAUAUAGCUUAAUUGUUUGCAUUUACAAGGUUAAUGGGUGUUUUUGGAGUAAGAUCAAUGUCUCUUUCUUGAGAUUACUUCCUCUUUUUGGCCGGGUUUUGUUUCUCUGUGUCAUAAACUCUAGAGGAAAGGCUUCUAAACCGGGAUGUUUUUAGGGGUGUGAUAUUCAAAUGAGGAUUGUUUUCUGCUGCCACAUUUAUCAACAUGCAAUCAUUCGUACAAUGAGAUUGGUGGUAUAUGGAUGUUUCAUGAAUCACACGUGAACUCUGUCGUAAGUUAAUUUGUGCACACGGAUCUGCACUCUUUCCGGCGUUGGAAUGAGGCCCAAUGAAACCAACAGAGCUACGAUCAACUUAGGCUUACGAUGCUUUUAGGAAAUGCAGCCCUGAAUCCCAAAAAAUUAUUCAGAGCUAUUACAUGAAAAAAAAAGGAAAAGUUUAAGGAAAAUAAUGUCAGUUUCUCACACAAAAUUAUUGCACUGCUGUGUUAUUUUUAUGAACUUCUUAUGGCACUUUUGUGUCCUUUUCGAAAGUUGAAAGCUUUAUAAUGGAAUUAUGGCUACAAAAAAGAUCUUGUUCAGUAUAUUUGUCCACUAUCAAUAUCAAAGCAUGCUUUAUAAAAUAAAUAAAUAAAUAAAAACCUUUAUUCAUUUUACCUCAUUGGCAGAUAUUUUAUUUUAUUUUAGGCAAAAACUCAAGUUUAAAUAAAUUUCUCAGAAAACAAGACUUCUUAUCUUAAAUAAUUUUGCUUGCCAAGUAAAUUAGGCUACUUAUUGAUUUAAGUAUGUUUAGAUGUUCUCUUCUUGUGUUCACUGGAAGAAAGUAAGUCAUUAAAAUAUGACAAGAUUUUUUGGGGAUGAACUAUUAUAGGAUGACCUAUAGUAAUUCUACUCUUCCUGAACAACCACACAUUCCUCUAACAAACGCUUACUGUAUAGUCAACAUAUGUGAAUUUACAAGCCAUGUUGCAUGUUAGUGAUAUUAGGGUACAUGAAAAGCUUCUUUUGGUUAUCCAGUCUUCCCCGAUUUCCAUUCAUCAGAGCUCAUCCCAGCUCUAUAAGGGCAAGAGACCUUCCGUAACCCCACAGCACUUGAGGAUUUCCUAGGAUGCGGCUCAGUUUUAAUGUGAACCUUGUUUGCUGCCACAUUAGUCAGGGAGAGACUACUCUCUUGCUUCUGAAAAAAAAAUGCAGAGAACAAAAUGUAUUCUGGUCCUAACGUUUUGUUUGAAAUGAUGUGGCACAGGAAAUUGCACUUUGUUGAGAGAGAUUUCAGUAGCUCAACGCUUAUUAAUGUUUAUUAGAAGACAUUUGAUCCCUCGAAAAAAGAAAAAAAAGAGAGAAAAGUUAAUUAUAAUUUUUAUUGCGCUAUUCUGCAGAGCAGAAUAAAAUUUGACAGCACUGGGCAGCUUUCUGAAAUAUCAGCAGUCAUCUGUGGCAGUCACAACUGCUGCAAAUUUUAUAUAUUUGGCACGAAUCGACAGUGUUGGAAUCAAUUUUGUGCACUUUUUAUUGUUUUUAGCUCAUGUUUUGCUCUGUGAUGGAAUAGCAUGCUACAAACAAGUGAAAUGUUCAUAUUCUCUUCAUAUUACUGAUCGUAGGAAACAAAAAACGAGAGCAAGAAAGACUUUUGUAGUUGGUUUAAUCACCUAAGAGGUAAAUAUCCUUCCAUUUUCAAUCACGCAAAAUUAUAAACGAAUCUCUCUUUGUAGACACUGGAGUUCUGUAACAUAGUACAUAGAAAUAAUAAUGACCUUGAUGAUGAUGAUAAUAAUAACACUUAUGGUUGUCUGUUCUUGUUGUUUUUUAAGUGUUGUGAAAAUUGUAAGAGAGUUAAAAUAUUUAAAAAGAAAAAAAGUUGGUCUUGUUUUUUUAAUUGCUUUUGUUUUGUUAUAUUAUAUUACUGUGUACCUAUUGUAAAUAUGAAGCACACCUAUUUUGCAAGCCAAGGAUUCACUUUGUACUGUUGUUAUAUAUAAAUAAAAUUUACUGGUUAAA